UAGAAAACGUUCACAAUUCGUACGGAGAGAAUGGAUACGAAACACAACAGCAGUUCCAGUUCAUUCUGGACUGGACUCGCUGUCCGCGCCCAACAGCGGCUGCUGUCGGUUUUGGACAACACAUACCAGAAGCCGGCAUUCUUCGACAGGCAUCGGUGGUUCAAAGAUUCGAGGAAAAACGCCAUAGACAUUAACGUUUGGCGCUCCGCGGAGUUCUUGGAUCCACGCUGGGACCCCCCCCCGGCGCCUCUGGCGCCGCCCCUGUCGCGCUCCGCGCGCCAGGGAGGGGGGUCUAGCGCAGAUCCAGGAAAUGCGCGCGGAGCGCCAAAAGUUUAUGUGUAAUGCCGUUCUUCUCCUUCCAAAGAUUGGGUCCUGAGGGAUGGUGUCCUCAGGAUAGGAAUGGGUCCAAGGGUGGAUUUACACUCUUGAAGGCACCUCGCCCCCUUAGGACCCCAUUCUUCAGGACCCCAUCUUUGAACCACCGCAGGUACGACCUCAACAGCGACACGUGCAUCACCCAGGACGAGUGCGACCUCCAGGCGCCGCUCCUGAAGAACUGCACGGGCACCUCGACCUACGGGCCGGCGGUGUGGGACCUGGACUCGGACGGCUGCCUGAACUACACCGAGUGGGAGAUCAUCUUCGCCGCCACGAACGGGUCCGUAUGCCCGGUCGAGGCCCCGCAGACCUGCGACGAGUGUCCAGCGGGGCACUUCGUCGUCACUAACCCGUGCGACUGCGAGGCGUGCGUGGGCGGCUACACGAGCAGGCGCCGCUCUCUCUCGUGCACUCCUUGCCCGUCUCCCUACGUGGACUACGGCGACUUCGACGAUUGCCGUGACCCCAACAAGCCAGUCACGCCCCCUGCGAAGCUGCCAAACGGGACGACCAAGAUUCCCGUCACGGGAGGAACCGUGGCCUCCUGUGAUGAGUUCGCGCUGGGUGACAGCCUGACUCUCGUUGGACAAGAAGAGGAUUGUGAUGACGACGCGUCCUGCACACUUGUUCACACGUGCAUAAUCAUUGGGGUUGCGCAAGUGACCGGGGGAUACGAGUACGAAUGCAAUGAUCCGUUGCCAGUCUCUUUCCCGCCGUAUUCGGAAGUCGCGCAGACGUGCACGUCCACAGACGGGACUCAGGUGAGUGCGAAGUACUCCUCUGCAGCCGGUGGCUGCUGCUGCUCAUGUGGCUCCAGCUGUUGCGACACCACCGAGGUGUGCACCCUGCACCCCAACGGAACUGGUGUGUGCUCCUCGGCUGGCCCGUACCCAGAGUUCUCGACUCCGGCCCCAACCGUCGGGGCCAAGGGCGACCCGCACCUGGUCAACCUGCAGGGGGAGCACUUCGACAUCAACCACGAGGGCGACUUCACCCUGCUCCGCUUCCCGCAGGCCGGCGAGAAGCCGGCCGAGUUCUCCUUCAAGGCGGGCGUCACGGCGGAGAGCGGCAGGCCGUGCACCACGUACAUCACGCAGGUGGAGCUCUCGGGCGCCUGGCUCGGUGGCAAGUCCGUGGAGAUCCGCUGCUACCGCAGGAUCGACUCCAACGACACCGCGUAUCUCGGCGCCCGGCUGCUCGAGGGCGACACCGACGCCCCUUGGCAGAACAUCGAGGACCUCCAGUUCAAGGACCUCGUGCUCUCCGGGCCCGAGUCGGACGUUGAGGCCUCCCUGGACACGACGACGUGGUUCCCCAAGAAGCGCACGGCAACGGGGCCAAUCGCCGCCGGGAUGUUCACCCUCACCCUGCGCCACAGGAAGAGCACGCACGGCGCCAAGAUCACAAUCCGCCAGGACCUGCCCGGGCAGGAGCACUUCAACGUGGCGAUGAAGCACCUGGCCGCGCUCGGCCGCGUGGACGUCGGUGGCCUGCUCGGCUUCGACGCGCACCCGGCGAACCUCGAGCGCGUGACGGCCGCGUGUGCUCACCACAGAGCCAUAGCGCACCCCCGCAUCGAGAGCCAGGACGAGCAGGGCCGCGGCUACUACUUCCGCCCGGCGUGGAAGGACCGCUGGGACAAGGUCCGCAAGGGCGGCCAGCCGCAGGACAACGAAGCGGCCGCCGGCUUCAGGAUCGCCAGGAGGGACAGCGACACCGACGCCGACGACGACGCGGACGACGGUGCCCUCGGCGGCAGGAUGUGCAAGUGUCCGAGCGACGACCACAGCUCUGGCGCCAUCGAGGGGGUGCUGGUCGAGCAGGCUAGCUUCCUGUUCGCCGAGGCCUCCUGGGAGUAGCCUCGCCGCGGCGGGCCGCGGCACGCCGAUGACGAUGACUCAGGACUCGGGCUCGACGGUAGCUCGGCGAUGUCGUGGGCCGUGCUCGUCUUGAUGUCGCCUCGCAGCAGAAGCGGACCGAAGACAGGACGGAGGAAAACGAGAUCAAGACGCAAG